AUGGUGGUGGCAAAUUCAAGCCCAGUCAACCCAGUGGUACUCUUUGAUGCCAGCCAAAAUUUUAGCCACAUGAAAAUCCAGCUCUUUGCAGAUGUUGUGCCUAGAACGUUGGAGAACUUUAGGCAAUUCUGUACAGGAGAAUUCAGAAAAGAGGGGGUUCCAAUCCACAGGCUCAUAAAGAAAGUGCUGAUCCAGGGUGGAGACUUUGCAAAUGGAGAUGGAACUGGAGUUGCCAGCAUUUACCGAGGGCCAUUUGCAGAUGAAAAAUUUAAACUCCCAGCCUUUAAACUCAGACACUCAGCUCUAGUCCUGCUUUCCAUGGCAAACAGUGGUCCCAAGACAAAGGCUGCCAGCUGCCAGUUCUUCACCACCUGUUCUAAAUGCGAAUGGCUAGCUGGAAAGCACAUGGUGUUUGGAAAAACCAUUGAUGGACUUCUAGUGAUGAGAAACAUUGAGAGUGUUCCCACAGGCCCCAACAAUAAGCCGAGGCUGGCUGUGGUGUUCUCACAGUGCGGGGAGAUGUAA